AUGGCCUCCAUGCUUCCUGCUCAGCGGUCGACAGUCCAAUGCCUUCAGCGCAGCUUCACUUCUCCAGCUUCGUUUAACAGCUUGCUGCGAACAUCUGUUGCACAGUCGAGAAGUUCGCUAUCGCAAUCGUUCCCUACUUCUUCACGAACCAUCGUCACUCGCAUCACUCGACCUUUCUCCGCCCCGAAAUCUACACGAAGCCAAGCAAGUCUGCAGUCCCAGCAGCCUGCGCCAGCAGAAACCGCUCCUUCUCUCCCUCUCACUAAUCUACCCUACUUCAUCCGUCGUACCCCUUCAAACCAGUUGCCAAUCUACCUAGUCACCAAGGCUGGCGGCACCAAGCAGGAGACUCGAGUCCGGAAGACAGAAGGAGACCUUAAUGCCCUCCGAGCCGACCUGAUCAAAUAUCUUGGUCUUGAAAAUAGGCCGUCAGAGGUAUAUAUUAACCAGACAAAUGGACACAUUACGAUAAAGGGAUGGCGAAAACCAGAAGUCAUGCAAUUCCUCCUUGAUCGACGAUUCUAA